AUGCCCAGGUCUACAUUUUCAAGGUUAUUCCAAAGAAAUGGUGGUGGUAAACCAUUAGAAACAGAUGAUUCAACCUCGUCGUCGGAAAACGUGAAGUUUAAAUUGCGGCCACACAGUAUCUACAUGUCCGCCAUGAUCUUCAAUAGCGAAGGGAACCUACUGUUGACGCCCUCAGGCCACAUUCCGACCGUACCAGUCAUUCAGGACGAUCAAGCUUUAUACGACACGUUCGAUGACACCAGCACCGAAUUUUCUUGGGCUGUGAAGACAUCCAUGGAUUGGGCUGAUCAUGAAGAUGCAGAAGUUUCUAGCAACGACGCAAGAUCAUCUUGUUCAGAUGAAGGGCUCGGAACCAGCGAUGAGUCUACGAAGAGUCAGAGUUCAUCCUCAGAUGAAUGCAUGUCUCCUGUCAAUUGCAAUUUUUCAAUGGACGAUAGUCGUGCUACGCUGCAGUUCAGAGAAGGCGUUUUGACAGCUGCCUCUCAGCUUAGAAAGCAUACUGGGUGCCAUCAGCUUGGUAUCUUCCACGAUAAGGUUGUCGAAUUUCGCCGCCAAGACAUAAAAAUGAUCGUCACAGUCCAAUUCUGCCCAAAAAGUCUGGAAGGCCUGUAUGGAUGCACUUCUUACCCAAAAAGCUUACAAUCCUUGCGUUGGGCUCCUCAAGAUCGCAUUAAUUCACUCUAUGGAGAACCACAGAUAAAUUCUGAUGUGUGGUUUCGAGCUCAAGCUAUUUACAACGCCAGACGUGCCAUCUUAAAUCCUGGACUUUACCUUGGUCUCUUCCAUGUUCAAAGUACGCCACGAGGACUGGGAAUACUAGUCGACAAGCGACACAAGAAUCUGUUACCAUGUGCACGCAUAAGAUCGGAAACCAACCUGUCUAGUUCUGAAUGGAAAUGGAUACAAAUGCAAGCUGAAAAAGACAUUAAUACAGAAGAUGGCAUAGCAUUCCUUAAAAACUCUGGUAGCGUGGAACGCAAGAAAACCAUACUCGAAAUCGAAAGGAAAGUCGCAACCUUUGCUUCUUCAGUACGACAAGCGAAGAGCAUGCUCGCUAAAAGCACUGGUGUGGACAUCCAGAUGAGUGACAUGUUUGCGGAGGACACUGUCACUAUCACCAAGACCAAAGGAGAUGCGAAAGGGAACUUCCAUUACGCAACGCUGAGCUCUGACGCAAUGUUCGUGACUGAAUAUUUCAAGCAUCAAGAACAAUCUCUUCAGUAUAAUGAAAACGGUAAUGGAAUCAUAUCAAUCUCGGAUAUGAUCAUGAAAGAAAACGAUAACAAAAUUGUUGAUCACGCGUCUAAUGUACCCAUUCGCAUUAUUGUCAUCAUCAAACCGAUGAGCACCGUUGGACAUGAUGUAGAGAAGUCCGUUAAUUCUGGUUACAAAUUCCACCCCUUCCCUCUCUUUGAUAUCCUUCAUCACAGCUGUUAUAAUGCAACUGUUUACAAUCCUUUGCGCCGAUCCAUGUUACACCUACAAAACGUAUACACUGCCAUACGUCUUCACUGUGAAGCGGGCAAUGACAUUGGCUCUCUGGACAACAGUUCGACCAUAUCGGAUCGAAGCUGUUUCUUCACUGAUAGUUCAACAUCACAAGCUAGUCGUAAACUCGCCUCGUCUAUAUGCACUACAGCAACUACAAAACAAAAACGAAAUUGCGCUCUUUCAAACCUUGCCCUGGAUAUGACCAAACUCACCAACAAAUGGUUACAAAUUUCUUGGACGUAUAGGAUGAUUACCUUUGAUAGAAAGAGAUUACUUAACCAAGCCAAAGUUGAGUGCACAACCAUCCACAUUCCCAAACGAGAUGGAAGGUCUUUAGGUUCACACUUACAGGCACCAUGCAGCUUAGCCCGCACUAAUUCUACCGCCAUCCAAUCCUUGGAAGUAGCUACUUCCCUAUCCCAUUCACUCACUUCUUGA